GCUUUUGAAUAUAUUAUCCAUUAACAAAGUAGGUUAUGGAUGUCAUUAGCCUACCAAGCGCAUGAGCCAAGAGCUGGAACGAGGUAAACAAGGAGCAGACGAGGCCAGCGCCAUUUUAGCACAGUUCACCAUCAAGCAAUCGAAGCGAAAUAAUAAGCUUUCCAUCAUGACUUGGGGCGUAACAAACUCCGAGAAACCCGGUGCCCAGAGGCCGGUUUCUGGGGCGGUUCCCGUCAUCGUCGAGAGAAGAGAACCUCAGAUUCCCUACGCCAGCAAUAAGGCCUACAUCGCUGGUAUCGCUAAGGUCAUUGGUGGGGUCCUUUGCUUUAUCUUCGGGCUACUCCAAUGCUACGCUCUUGCAAGGACGCAUCUCAUUGGGAAGGUCCCGUGCGGCUAUGGCGAAAUCUGUGGCCUCAUCUUCAUCGUGACAGGGUCGGUUGCCAUCAACGCCAGUCAGCGCAAGACCCCGAAUAGGAUUGCCGCCAGUUUGGGACUCUCCUUCAUCUCCAUAAUGGUCUCGGCCGGUAUCUGGAUCUGGAUGAUCUACUUCGCUGCAACUAAGACUCACUUCUUGAAGAGGCACUUCUACGGCGGAUACCACCGCCAUCAUGGCCAUCAUGGCCAUGGCUCAGGCUCGCACGAGGGAUACGGAGGCUCAGGCUCGCACGAGGGACACCGAGGCUCAGGCUCGCACGAGGAACACCGAGGCUCCGGAGAGAGUGGUCGCGGAUCCCAUGAACAGAAUGGAACCCUCGAACGACACGAACGAAGCAUAUUCAGCAACAGAAAUGAUAUUGGCACUCUCCUCCCCAUCGUCUACUUGGCGACCACCGUUUUCAUCUUCGUGAUGCUGUUCGCCAUGUUUUGGGUUGCCAUUCUCCAGGCUGUCGUCUGCUACCGGGCAUGCAAGAGCAGCAACAAAUACCGCCAAAUGGACGAUGACAAGACCUUCAUCGUGCCUUUCAAGACCAAGGAAAAGAUGAUGACUGAUGCUGAAGAGGUCCCAAAGAAAAAGAAAGAACUUCCAGCGGAAAAGGAGGAAGAGGCAGAGAAAAAAGAUGGCCUUCCUGAUAUUCAAAAGGAUAACUUCUUCGUGUAAAAUCUUGCAGACAAAUCGUUGUGGGCUUACUUUAUACCGUCGACUUAGCACAAUAUCUAACUUCGCAAAAUAGUAUCACCAUGUUUGUGACCAAAUUUAGUAGAGGAAAAUUUCAUUUCAUGGGUAUUCAAAGCAAAUGCUGUGAUGUGCUGGUAGAAAGUUGCAGACUUUUUAUUUAAAGCGGAAAUGAUUUCACGUAUAAUAUCCAAGAAUGGCAGAAAAAACCAUGCUAAGGUCUCUUUAAGAAUUAAAAAAAAUCCCUCUUAGACAUCUCAGAUUAGACAAAACUUAUAUACAAUAUAAUUUGAUAGAUCGUAGGCCUAUAUACAUAUUGUAGAAUAUCUAAUAUCAUUUUGUACUUGUCUUGAGGUGCGUAUAUCCUUCCUUUUCAAAUUGUAUGUGCCGCCGGGCCGUGUUCAAGACAGUUUCAAAGGAACGAUAAUACCGUUCAGUUUGACAGGUCUCUGAACUUAAAGCACAGCGUGAAAAGUCUACAUGGCCUAUAUUCCAUUAUUAACAAAAAAUAAUGAUGUGAUGUUAGAUUUUCGUAAAUAUUUUGCGGCACCAGCACAACGAAAAAUUCUGGCAAAAGGUCUUUGUCAUCUCAGGGUACGUUUAUUCACAGGAUGGCGACUCCCGGGGUCUAACUUGGCUGUGCCUUGAUUCUAAUAUUCAUCAUAUUUCGUUCUUUUAUUCCAAAACGAUGAAUAAUAAUAUGUCACUAGUUUCUAACCUACCGGUAUGCACUUUUGACCUGAAUAUCAGAUUGAGAAGUGUUAAAGCAAUUUACUAACUGUAUUGUAUUAAAACCUUUCGUGCAAGAAAAACAUAAUGACGGCAUUUCUUGCAAAAUUAAUACCUCGUCUGUAAUGAGUCGCGAAUAAUUUGUCAAAAGGCGAAAGAUAUGGUUUAUUUCCAUUACGAAAUUAUAUUCAAUCACAAAGAUCGCGAUUCAACUUAAUUUCGUCCCAAUUCUGUAGUAUAUGUAGGAUUCGCGUAAUCACGAAAUUAAUUUGCUCUUUGGAAUUUUCGACCGCAAUUACAAAGUUUGCGAUUCCUGUUCAGUGCAUAUCGUCAUUACAAUUAUGUUUGUGAUUUCUAAAUGCAUAUCAUCAUUGCAAUUAUGUUUGUGCAUAUCUAUAUUGAAAACUUUUGUGCGUGUUCUCAGUGCAUAUCAACUUUGUAAUUAUGGGUUGAAUCCUUAGUGCAUAUCAUCAUUGCAUGUGAUUUUUGCAUCUUUAGUAUAUAAUAUUAUUGCGAAAAUUUUUUGUUUUUUGUAUCAGCAUUGCGAUUGUGUUUUUGAAAUAUCAGUGCAUAUAUCAACAUUAAUUAUGAUUAUGAUUCCUCAUGCACAAUAACAGCGCAAUUAUGUUUGUAAUUCCUUAGUGCACAUCAGCAUAGUUCAGGCCACUGGCAUUUGUUUUUGAGUGGAGGGUCACGCCUCAUACAUUUUCGUGCUGUUAAGCUUUAAUGUAAAACAAGCCUUUUUUGUUACGAAAUUUAAGUUCUAUUAAAACUUGUGUUCUAAAUGGGUACAACGAUGGCGCUAUUCAAAAUUUUAUGUGUUCAUUGAAAGUUUUUUUGUUAAAGUGUUGGUAAAAAUUGCAUAUUUUUGUGCGAAAGUAAUCAUCAUCAUUAUAAAUAAAGAUGUAUUCUACAACUUU